ACCCCAAAACUCAGAACCCAUAAUCUCUCUCUACAUCUCUCUGAUUUUGCUGAAAUGGGAAACGCAAUUUCUCCCUGUUUCAAUUCGAAUUGCAACUCAGUAGUGACGCUGAUCUUCUGGGAAGGAACCAGCCGUGCCCUCACCGGAAAACACCUCGCCGGCGAGGUGAUGUUCGAGUUCCCGGACCGCAUGGUCUGCCAUGCAGACUCCUUCUUCAUCGGCCACCGUGUCCCGGCGCUAGCCAUCGACGACGAGCUCACCCCCGGCCACACCUACUUUGUCCUCCCCCUCGACUGCCUCCCAAGCAACAAUCUCCUCUCCGCUUCUUCCCUGGCCGCCCUGGGGGCCUCCGGGCAUAAACCGGCGCCGGUCAACUUCAAAGACUGCCCGUUUGAAUACAUCAACGGAUCGAACGGAAGGGUUCUGAUCAAGGUCGUGCCGGAGUUCAUCGUGAAGCUGCUUACGAGAGGGAUGGAAUUAGUUGGUUCAGAUGAGGAUAAUCAGUCCGGUAGUUUUCUCUGUAGCACGCCGGAGUUGAAGAAGCACUACGAGCAGCUGGUUGGGUCCAAGGCUCAGGUUUGGUCGCCAAAGCUGGAGACGAUAUCGGAAUACAAGAUUAGGUAUUCGCCUUGCAGAUUAAUAGGGCUGGAGUGGAAACAGAAAGAGAAUUAAUCUGAGUGAGUGCAGUGUGGUAUGUAAUUGGGUUUGGAUGUGGUAUAAAUUGUACAGACGUCAAUCAUUGUAGAUGGAUCUAAUUAAUUCUUUAAUUUGCUUGUGAAUUUCAUCA